ACUUGUGUUAGACGUCCCUUACCAUACCACACCACACCACACCUUUGAAGGCACAAAUAACACCAAAGCCAAGCUAAAGCUUACAUAAGAAAAAGCAGAGGAACAAAUCACAAGUUAAAAGCAGAGCAUCUCUCUGUUCUGCUCCUUUCUGUUCUGCUCCUUUCUGUUCUUAUUCCUUCUUUCUCUCUGUCCUUCUCCACCCCAUCAUAUCUUCUUCUUCAGAAGGACAACCCCGCUUUCAGGAACCCAGUUUUGUAGUAUAUGGGUUUUGCGUGUUGAAGUUUCAAGCUUGAAGAUUGUUUUGAUAAGAGAGCAACCCAAAAGAAAAAUAUAAAAAAAUAAUGACUUGGAAAAGCAGAGGAGACUUUCCUUCUAGAAGCGUUAUAUCGCAGAAAUGGGCACUUUUUCUGUGCUUGGGAAGUUUCUGUGCUGGGAUGCUCUUCACUAACAGGAUAUGGAGUAUUCCUGAACAGAAAGGACUUGCACGAACAACAGCUACAGAUGAUGAUAAGUUGAGUCUAGUUUCUGAGGGUUGUAAUUCAAGAAUUUUGCAAGAGAUGGAAAUGAAGCGCGAAACUAGAGACAUUUAUAGUGAAGUUUUCAAGAGUCAUAAUUCCAUACAAAAUUUGGACAAGACUAUUUCGAAUUUAGAGAUGGAAUUGGCAGCUGCAAGGGCAGCUCAUGAGUCUCUGCGAAAUGGUGCUCCUGUUCCAGACGAUAUAAGGAUGAGUGAAUCAUCGGGUAAGAGAAAGUACCUAAUGGUCAUAGGUAUUAAUACUGCAUUUAGCAGCCGGAAAAGAAGGGACUCGGUUCGGGCUACUUGGAUGCCACAAGGUGAGAAAAGAAAGAAGCUAGAGGAAGAAAAGGGAAUUAUCAUCCGCUUUGUAAUUGGACACAGUGCUACAUCAGGGGGUAUUCUAGACAGAGCUAUCGAAGCAGAGGACAGAAAGCAUGGAGAUUUCUUGAGGCUGAAUCAUGUUGAAGGAUACCUUGAAUUGUCAGCAAAGACAAAGACAUACUUUGCCACUGCAGUGAACUUGUGGGAUGCUGACUUCUAUGUCAAAGUUGAUGAUGAUGUUCAUGUAAAUAUAGCAACACUGGGAGAAACUCUAGUUAGACACCGAUCAAAACAACGGAUAUACAUUGGAUGCAUGAAAUCUGGACCUGUCCUAUCUCAAAAAGGGGUAAGGUACCAUGAACCGGAGCAUUGGAAGUUUGGGGAGUCUGGAAACAAGUACUUCCGUCAUGCCACUGGGCAGUUGUAUGCCAUUUCAAACGAUUUGGCUACAUACAUAUCAAUAAACCAGAAUGUUCUUCACAAGUAUGCCAAUGAGGAUGUGUCACUGGGAUCUUGGUUUAUUGGACUUGAUGUGGAACAUAUAGAUGAUCGAAGACUUUGCUGUGGCACUCCUCCAGAUUGUGAGUGGAAGGCCCAGGCAGGCAAUAUUUGUGUUGCUUCAUUUGAUUGGACCUGCAGUGGAAUUUGUAGGUCUGCUGAAAGGAUCAAAGAGGUGCAUAGGAGGUGUGGAGAAGGUGAGAAUGCUUUGUGGAGUGCCUCUUUCUAGGAGGUAUACUCCAGAGUCCUUCCUAACUCGGGAAGAUUAUCACUAUACGGCCAUGAAUCAAAGCCUGCAAGAUUUUCUUUUUCUUUUUCUAUAUAGUUUUGUGCAGUAUAGAGAAAUAUCAUUUUACACGAGAAAGCAAGAGAGAGAGAGAGAGAGAGCGUGUGAGAGAGUGUGUUUGCCCCAUGGACCUUCUACAUUUUAAGAGGAGAUUGACCAUGGUAGCAGCUAUUAAGAGGACACGAGAUAGUCCACAUCCAUUCUUUGAUGCUUGAAAGGCCAUUCUGUUUGUUAAUAGUUUCAUGGCUAUCAAGCUCCUAAUAAAUAGAUAUAAUUGGGUGGCUUUUGCUACCUUAUCCCCUCUGCUUGAGGUUGAUUUUUUCUGUUUUGGUUGAAAUGACUCAAUGAUCUCUACUUGUUCUACUUCUACUUUUGGCAUCUUCAACAAUGUUAUAGCUUAAUUAGUGGGCAUUGCU